UUGGUAUGUUGCACCUCUUCUCUUGACCUCAGCUCUCGACUUCUCGUGGCUGUGUCCCUCGACCUGGGAUUUCACCACCUCUUCUUCGCCCUUUCACAGGCUUCAUUCAACGCCCGCCAUACAUCCGAGACAGUGCUGACAACCAAGGAAAUAGAUACCACUUUCGUCAGUUGUGUUUCCAAAAAAGCCGUUACAAUGAACGAUCUCAAGAAGAAGGACCCGGAGCGUGCAGAUUCCGCCUCCGACUCUACACCUGUCGCCAAGCACAGGCAUCAUCUGAGCUUGAAGAAGGCAAUCAUGUGGGCUAUUCUUCUCGCCUUUGGCGUCGGCGCUGUUUUUGGGCUCGGCGUCCUCGCCUCCGUUUGUGAACGUUCGCUCCACUCGAAUCAUGGUCUCGCUGUGUUGGAGUCUCCUGAAGUCCACAAGGAUCCCAAGCUGGACACUCGCGAUGACGGCCAUGCUGAAGAGGAAUUCCCCCCUUCCAUUAUGCCUCCUGUCCCACGCCUUGUCGAGGAUGUUCCCAUGUCAGUGGCGUCUCCCACUCCUACUCCUUCUGGUGGUGAAGGUCUUCUGAUCCCUAUCUCUACUCAGACUGAGCUGUCUACCAUCUACAGCUUGAGCAGAAUCCCCAAGUCAACUGAGUAUCCUGUCACUGCGGAAGCAUCUACCUCCGUCGCUGAAGAUACCAGCUGCAUCGUGUCCGUCGUGACCACCGAGACUAAGAUUGCUGUUGUCACCGUCACCGUCAUCCCAACCACUUCUGACCACUGGUCUGGAUACUUGACAAUCACCGGCGACGCAUCCACCGUCACAGCAGUCAACACUGAGACUUCUUACACCAGUGGACUGCCAGAUGCCACUGUCUCCGGAAACCCAUCCACCAUUACGGAUGUCCAGACACAAGUCUCAGUCACCUCGGGUCUCCCCGACGCAACCGUCUCCGGGAAUCCAUCUACCAUAACCGAUGUCCAGACACAACUCUCAGUCACCUCGGGCCUCCCCGACGCAACCGUCUCCGGAAACCCCUCGACCGUCACCAACCUCGACGCCACCUACUCCCUGACAUCAACCUCCACCGCCCGCUACAACACAAAGCUCACCAUCGUCAUCUCCGACCUCUGGCAGACCACCUCGUCGACCCAUUCCACCGUCACCACGGUGGUCACGAGGGUCAGCACCGCGACCACCACCGAGUCCGCCGCCCAGCCCUACUCAACCCCCGUCGACGACGACAAGGACACCAGCGCCGCCGAGGUCUCCUACGCCUCCAACGUCGACGGCGCCACGGCCUCCUCCGACAGGCACGAGACCAUCUCGUCCACCGCCAGCAUCACCGCCACUGUCUUCCUCAGUGAGCCCCCCUACCCCAGCAACGGCACCGCGUCCUCCCACCCCUAUGGGACGCUGAGCAGCGUCGUUGCGCCUACCACCCCGGUCGUGGUCUCGGGAGCCGACGACAGAGCUGGACCGUCCGGCACCGGCCUCCAUCAUGUUCACGCCAUGGUGCUCGUCGCAGUCAUCAUGUUUCUCUACUAA